AUGGCCGAGUUCAAAUAUUUGGUAUACUUUGCAGAUGAGAAGGGAGACAGGUUCUUUGCGGAUAUUGACUCUACGGAGCCUGUCAUUGGGGCUCAAAUUAAUGCAUAUCGUUUGUUCAAAGACCUGAAGGAGAAGAGAAACGGUGCAACUAUGGCCAUUGCUAAGCUCCUGCCUCCUGUCCCUGCACACGAUCUGCCGAUCUAUUGCGUCGGGCUUAAUUACAAGAGCUAUGCAAAAGAAGCAAGUCUAAAUGUCCUUGCAAAUCCACCAGUGUGGACAAAGCCCGCUGCUGCUCUGGCCAGUCCUGAUGAGAUAAUCGCCAUGAACUGCUUCUCCCCCUGCCUUGUUGGAGGUACAUAUGGUACGCCUGCUGGACAUAAGUCUGAUGACGCCCACAUUGCAGAUACAGGGCGAGCUGUGCUUCGUGACCUUGUGAAUGACCUAUCCUGCCACUUCUUCCAACUCCCUGAGCAGUCUGGCGGGCAAUUCUUCUACGCCAAGGCCUUUGAUAGAUUUGCGCCGGUUGGCCUGGUGCUGGUUCAUCUGUCGCUUUGGCAUAAGGCUGAGAAGACGGCACGGUUGAUGACGCGUGUCAAUAGACAAGUCAAGCAGGACUCUCACCUCGCCACGGAUAUGAUCUACGAGCCGGCGAGGAUUCUCAGUUGGAUGUCACAGGGCACCACAAUUCCCGCGUAUACAAUUGUUAUGACGGGUACUCCAGCAGGGGUCAGCGCAUUCCAGUCCCCGCGACAAUUUCUCAAGGAUAAGGACUUGGUUGAGAUUGAGAUUACUGGUCUUGGAGUGCUGAAAAACCGGAUUCUGUUUGAGGAGGGCCAGGAUAAUAUGCUGUGA